CGCUGCAGACACGAAACGCGUCCCCUACACCUCCAACCUCCAACCUCCAACUGGUCAUUCUCCACGCAAACGUACAUCUUUGUCCAGCACCCAGCAAAAACUCACAAAAAUGUCUACAAAUACAAUGAUUGCUAUCAAGGAAAACAGUGACAAGCCAAAGGUUACUGCGAAUCUUCUCCCCUGCCGCAUCCAACACAGUGGCUCCAUUGACCCUAUCCAGCCUUUCUGGAACCCGGAAGAUGCAUCAGACGGAUCCAAAACCGCAUACUUUCGUGGCCGAAAACUAAAGGGCAGCGCAGUUGGCCUUCCCGAAACCUACAGAGGCGUAGUCCUCGAGCGCAAAGCCGACGAGCUGCGCCAGGAUCACGCUCGAGGUGGUGACGACGAUGACGACAUGGUCCCUCUCGAGUCUGUUGGAACUAUGGAGGUCACCGCUGAAUUUGAUAAAGUCGUCAUUUGGUCUCACGAAGAGAUUCCCAACGCGACUGCUGACCCAUACGUCAGAAACCUGCAAGAAUGGUUAUCCGUAGCGGAUAAGAUUAAUGCCUACGACGAGACUCCAGCUGCCAACUAGAGGCUGACUAUUACGCAAUUACGAUACCCAAUACAUUUUACGACAAAUCAACGAGCUAUAAUCCGAGGGCCUACGACAGUCCGACAUGGUUCGAUCCAAGAAUAAGGCAAAUCUUAGGCUCAUAAGAGAUGUCGAGUCUACCUACGUUAUACUUCGGCUACACUCUACUUGAUAACCGCUGCGUCCCGCAGCACCUAGGCAAUGGGUGCCUGCCUGCGACAAUAUGUAGCUGGGAAAAGGCCCCAAAGGGUUAGCCAUAGCAAGGCAAUCAAUUCAGAAACCAAGUCACGGUCAUUUUUUGGAUUUGGAACCAGGCUGUAGAUUGGAUUAGCGCACGCCUGCAGGCGUCACUACAACAGCAACAACUUGUGCUUGUGCCUAGCAGGAGUGACCAUUGGUCUACUGUGUGUACCACGCAAAAUUUAACAUAUAUUUAGGUUAUAAUUUACUAGACAAAACUAAUAAACAGACUUGACAAUAAA